AUGGGGGGCGACGGAAGUGGUGGUAGAAAGAACAAGUUUUGGACGGCGGUGGGCGGUGAGACCAACGGUGUCUUGGAUGCUCACGAUGAUGUUUUUGCUUGUAACGAGUGGCUGGCUCUAUUACCCUCAAGUUUACAGGGGAAAGACACGCUGGUGAAUCCAUCUUGUUCCGCCGCAAGCAAUCUUUGUCGCAUACAUAUCGUGUAA